AUGGGCAUGUUGCGCAAUGCAGCACGGAGCGCCAAACUUGUGCUGGGCGGAGCGACCGCAGGCCUAGUUGCAGGCACAGCCGGGACAGUGCAUCUCGCACAAGGCGGGGGUGGACAGAGCUGGUGGGCGAAGCAGUUCAAGCUGCAGUUCUUUCAGCCCUUCCUUACCCAGAACAGCUCAUCUGCAAGUGCAAGUGAUGAGACAAGUUUGCGGGAUCUCCAAGUUCUGUACCAGCAGAAGAUGACAGCUCUAGAGCUCGUCGCGGAGAUGCAGCGAGAGGAGAUUGCGGAGUUGCUUGAUGCAAAGACGCUGAAGGGCCCGGCGACCAUGCCCCCGAAUUCUACGGAAACCGCGGAAAGUCCUGCCCUUGAAAAGAAACGCGCGGACCUUGCAGACGAGAAGCUUGGACAUUUGUACAACGAGCUCAACGAGUUGCAGGGGUUGCGAGCGGCAGAAGAGAAAGCGCGGGAGGAAUUGCAAGGACAGCUCGCUCGGAAAGUUGCAGACAUGAUGCAGCUGCAGCAGGAGUUGGAUGAAAGGAAGCAGGAAUUGGAGCGUGCUAAGAAGUUGAGCAGCGAUGACAUCGCUGCCUUGCAGAAAACGAUCCAAUCGCAGCAGCUUGAGAACAACAAGCUCGGACAAAGGUACGGUGAGCUCAAGAAGAGCGAGGCGAAGAAGGAGCAAACCAUCACCGAGCUCCAGCAGCUGCGAAUAUCCGAAGAGAGAAGCCGGACCGAGCUACGAGGACAGCUGAAGCAGAAGGAUUCCGAGCUGUCCCAGCUGCAGAAGGCUCUAGAGAAGGCAUCGAAGGAGACGGAAGAAGCCACGAGAGCGAAGAGUCAGGCAGUUGCAUCCAUGGAAGCGAAGCUGAAUGCGCAGAAGAUCGAACACGAGAAGCUAGGAACUAAGUACUCGGAGCUGCAGGCAGCUGGUAAGAAGCAGGAAGAAAGGAUUGCAGAGCUGGAUGGGCUGUGUUCGCUGGAGCAGAAGGGUCGAGAAGAGCUACGAGGACAGCUCACCGAGAAGGCUUCGCAGAUGGCCCAGCUGCAGAAGGACUUGGACAAAGCAGCACAACAGAUGGAGCAAAUGGAGAAGUCGAAGAGUGAUGCGGUUGCAGCAAUGGAAGAAACUCUGAACGCCCAGCGUGUCGAGCAUGACAAGCUAGGACAGAUGCACACCGCUCUGAAGUCCGAAGAUGCAAAGAAAGAUGCGCAAAUCGCCGAGCUACAGUCCCUCUAUGCAUCUGAGCAGAAGGGGCGGGAAGAAAUGCAAGGACAGCUGGAGCAGAAAGCGCAAGAUCUGGGCCGGGUGAGCCAGGGGCUUGAGAUCGCCAUGCGGGACAUGUCUGCCUUCAGAGCUUCAAAAGCCGAGGAGAUACGCAGCCUGGCAGAGGCCAUGAAGCAGAAGGAGGCGCUGCUUUCGGAGGCUCAAGGAGACUUGGAGAAGCUCCGGGCUCGCGAGCAGGAGGCCUCUACCCAACUGCACAAGCUGCAGCAGUGGAAGGAUGAGUGUGAAAAGAUUAAAGAGCGCUUUCUUCGGGAGAAGCUCUCUCACAUUAAGAUUGAUCUCUAG